AGCUCACUAGAAAUGAACCUGAUCUCCAAAUCAUCCCAAUAACUGGGAUGGGAGGUAUUGGUAAGACUACUCUAGCUAAAAGUACUUUUGACAAUUCAUAUGUUGUGAACCACUUUGAUAAACGUAUUUGGUUUACAAUAUCUCAAAAAUAUAGUGCUCGGGAAAUUCUUGCGCGCCUUCUUAAUGAUGGAAAAGACCAAGAAAGUAGAGAAACUUUGGCUGAAUUAGGACAAAGAUUGCAUAAAAGUUUAUUUGGUAGAAGAUAUUUGAUUGUCAUGGAUGAUAUGUGGAAUAUCAGUGCUUGGGAUGAUUUAAGUUUGUUUUUUCCAAAUAAUAGGAAUGGAAGUCGAAUACUGGUGACCACUAGGAUUUCAAAUGUCGCAAUUUCUUUAGGUUCUCAUAGCCCUUAUGUGAUGGAUUUUCUAGAUGAGGAUAAGAGUUGGAAUUUGCUUUGUCAAAAAGCCUUUGGAGAAGACAAUUGUCCAUAUCCGGAAUUGAAAGAAAUUGGUAAAACUAUAGCAAAGAAGUGCAAUGGACUUCCUUUAGCAAUUGUUGUGAUUGGUGGAUUGCUUGCAAAUUCCAACAGGAUACUGGAGCACUGGGAGUCAGUAGCCAAAAGUAUAAACUCAUUUUCUAACUUAGAAUACAAUGACCGUUGUUUAAAAAUAUUGUCUUUGAGUUACGAUAACUUACCUAUUCAUCUUAAACCAUGU